AUGAAAUUCUCAUUGAAUGUCGCGCUUCCAUUGCUGCUGCUAUCUUCAAGUGCCGUGUCGAGAAGCAUCCUCCAGACAACAGAUGUGGCAACAGUCGACGAAGUGAAGCAUGCUGAGAAUGCGCCCGUCUUUAUAGAUGGACCGAAACAUGUUGUCGACCUGGAGAAGCGGAAAGGCGGAGGAGGAGGUGGCCGCGGCGGAGGCGGUGGAAGUCGUGGAGGCGGAGGGCGGAGCGGAGGUGGAAGUGGUGGUCGAGCGGGAGGCGGUGGCAGACCCGGCGGAAGUAGCGGAGGAGGUCGCGGCGGCGGAACUCCCAGGCCAGCCAACGCUGGAGGUACUUCACGCUCGGGAUCAGGUACUCCUCGCAACUUUGGCGGAGGGAGAGUUUACGGCGGAGGCGCCAGUGUGCCAUUCCGCGCCGGUAGCAAGUCGCCUCUAGGUCGUCGCCUGCCAUUCUUCCUGCCUCUUGCUGCACUCGCAUUCUUCCCUGGACUCUGGCUCUUUGGUGUCUACGCCUACGCCCACUCAGACCCGUACAGAUGGCACAACCGAACCUCCAUGAUGAACCAGUCUUUCCCCGUAACUUGUCUAUGUCAAGAAUACUCCGUCUGCGGAUGCGAAGACAACAACAACAACACCUAUAUCGAGUCAUUGCUAAACACGAGCGAUCCAAACAACCUCACAAGCGCAUCGCCCAUCGUCAGAGUUGCAGAUGUCAAUGGCACCACCACCAUAUUCAUCAACGGCACCCUAGAGAAUGGUACAACUGCUCCAGAUCCAAACGCCCCAGAUUUAAGUAUGGCACCACCCAGGCUACUGAGGAUCAGUGGCUACUGGCCUAUGGCUUUCAUGGUUCUCUCGGCCGUUCUAUUGCUAUAG